AGGAGGGAUGCUAAAGCACACUGCAUAGCAAUCUUUCUACACCUUACACUUGACAAACAGUGUCGUUGUGUUGAGGUUUCUUACUGAGUGACUAAAAAAAUGGCCUCAGUUGAAACUCCAAAGCCUCACAUUGUUUGUGUGCCAUACCCUGCACAGGGCCAUAUAAACCCAAUGAUGCAGCUCGCAAAGAUCCUUCGUUGCAAGGGUUUCUACAUAACCUUUGUGAACAGCGAGUACAACCACAGGCGUUUUAUCAAGUCUCAUGGACCAGAAUUUGUUAAGGGUCUCCCUGAUUUCGCGUAUGAGACCAUACCAGAUGGAUUGCCUCCUUCUGAUAAGGAUGCAACUCAGGACAUUCCAAUGCUCUGUGAUUCAACCAGAAAAACCUGUUAUGGCCCUUUCAAAGAGUUGGUGUUGAAGCUUAACUCUUCUGGUGAUGUGCCUUCAAUCAGUUGCAUAGUUGCUGAUGGGGUUAUGGGCUUUGCUGCAACGGUUGCAAAGGAUCUGGGCAUACCAGAAGUUCAACUUUGGACAGCCUCUGUCUGUGGUUAUGUCGGAUAUCUGCAAUUUGAUGAACUCGUUGCACGAGGCAUGGUUCCAUUCAAAGAUCAGAAGGAGAUUGAUGAUGCUUUGGAUAUAAGUCUGGAUUGGAUCAAAGGAAUGAGUAACAUGAGACUGAGAGACCUUCCAACAUUCUGCAGGGUCACUUCUUUGGAUGAUAUUUUGUAUGAUUUCUUGAAUUCUGAGUCACGAAACACUCUGAAAUCUUCGGCAGUGAUCAUAAACACAUUCGAAGACUUAGACGAAGAAGGGCUUGAGAUUCUAAGGUCAUAUAACCCAAACAUAUACACCAUUGGUCCACUGGACUUGCUCGGUAGGCAUUUUCCUGAGAAGGAGAAGGGUUUCAUGUCAGUUGGAUCAAGUUUGUGGAAAAAUGACUCAAACUGCUUAACAUGGUUAAACAAAUGGGAACCUAACUCAGUGGUAUACGUUAAUUUUGGAAGCAUAGCAGUGAUGACAGCUCAUCACCUGAAAGAAUUUGCAUGGGGACUUGCAAACAGCAAGCUACCUUUCUUAUGGAUCAAAAGGGCAGACAUAGUAGCUGAUGAAUCUGAUUCAUUGCCACAAGAAUUCUUUGAUGAAAUCAAGGAUAGAGGGUAUAUAACAAGUUGGUGCAUGCAAGAGCAAGUGCUUUCUCAUCCCUCUGUUGGGGUUUUUCUAACCCACUGUGGCUGGAAUUCUACACUUGAAGGCAUUUAUGCUGGUGUGCCUAUGGUUUGUUGGCCUUUCUUUUCUGAUCAACACACAAACUGCAGGUAUGUGUGUGCAAAUUGGGGGGUAGGAAUGGAGAUUAAUCAGGAUGUGAAGAGAGAUGAGAUAUCUGACCUUGUCACAGAAAUGAUAAAGGGAGAUAAAGGAAAGGAAAUCAGACAAAAAUCCUUGGAAUGGAAGAAGAAAGCAAUCAAAGCUACUGAUGUUGGAGGAACAUCUUACAACAACAUCCAUAAGUUAAUUAAGGAGGCUCUUUCUCGCAAUGCUGCUUGAGUCUUCUUUUAUGAUCACUCUCUCUACUAAGUUUGGGUUUGCAAUACCUGCUUUUAUGAAUAAGUGAACUAUUUAAAUUUUAUUUCAUUGCAAAGUAUGUUGUAACGUUAAUUUAUUGCUUAAUGUCUUAAUUUUAAUUGUCACAUCUUUUAAUUAAAAUGCAGAUUUAUUCUAGCUAA